AUGCCGGACUUCAAGAUCUCGGCUGCUUUGGAGGGCCACACCGAUGAUGUUCGCGCUGUGGCCUUUCCCAACCCCGACACUGUCUUGUCUGCUUCCCGGGAUGCGACCGUCCGUGUGUGGAAACUCACCUCUACUCCACCUCCGUUAUAUGACUAUACGAUAUCUUCUCACGGGUCCGCUUUCAUAAACUCCUUAGCAUACUAUCCUCCAUCCUCCGACCAUCCCGAUGGCUUGAUAUUCUCUGGUGGCCAAGAUACCAUUAUUGAAGCGCGCGAGCCCGGGAAACCUGCUGAUGCAAAUGCAACUGCCAUGCUCCUUGGUCAUUCUCACAAUGUAUGCUCUAUAGAUGUCUGUCCUGAAGGCAAAUGGGUAGUGAGCGGGAGUUGGGAUUCCUCCGCAAAGUUAUGGAAAAUUGGGAAGUGGGAAUGUGAAGUCACAUUUGAAGGUCACCAAGGAAGCGUCUGGGCGGUGCUGGCUUUUGACCAAAACACUAUAGUAACUGGAUGUGCUGACCAAAAAAUCCGCAUUUAUAGCUUGUCGGGGCAACUAUUGCGAAGUAUGAGGGCAGGUGACGUUGUUCGUGCCCUCUGCAAACUCCCCCCAAACCACCAGUCGGGCUGCCAAAUAGCGUCGGCGAGCAACGACGGCAUUAUACGAUUAUGGACCCUCCAAGGUCUACAAGUCGCAGAACUCUGUGGUCAUGAAAGUUUCAUCUAUGCAUUAGCCACUCUACCCUCGGGAGAAAUCGUUAGCUCAGGAGAGGACCGGACCGUCAGGAUAUGGAGUGGCGAUCGGUGUAUACAGACAAUUACACACCCAGCAAUAUCUGUCUGGAGUAUUGCAGUAUGUCAAGAAACUGGUGACAUUGUUAGUGGGGCUAGCGAUAGAGUUACUCGAGUUUUCAGUAGAGCUCAGGAGCGAUACGCAGAUCAAUCAGUUAUCGCGCUGUUUGAAAAUUCCGUCAAGGAAUCAUCUAUCCCUCAGCAGCAGGUUGGAAAUAUCAAUAAGGAGAAGUUGCCAGGCCCAGAGUUUUUGAAGCAAAAAUUAGGGACAAAAGAGGGCCAAGUUCAAAUGAUUCGCCAGGAUGACGGGAGUGUCACUGCCCACACUUGGGCAACAGCCACGAGGGAAUGGAUAUCUGUGGGAACUGUCGUUGACUCCGCAGCCAGCAGUGGUAGAAAAGUGGAAUAUCUUGGGCAAGACUACGACUAUGUUUUCGAUGUCGACAUUGAGGAUGGGAAGCCUCCCCUGAAACUUCCGUAUAACCUCUCGCAAAACCCGUACGAAGCAGCUACCAAAUUUAUACAAAAUAAUGAAUUACCGAUGGGAUAUCUGGACCAGGUUGCUAAUUUCAUCACUACAAAUACACAGGGAGCUUCCAUUGGCUCUUCAACAACACAAAGCCAGGGUCCACCGCCGCCAGGAGCGGACCCGUGGGGCGAAGAGAAAAGAUAUCGGCCUGGGGAUGGAUCAUCAAACAACGCUUCAUCCUUUCCAGCAACUCGCCCGAAAGUCUUACCUCAAACAUCAUACCUUGCUAUAAAAACCGCGAAUAUCAAAACCAUUCAGAAGAAGGUCCAAGAAUUGAACGAGCAACUCGUUAGCUCUGGAUCGAAGGACAUCUCGCUAAGCCCUUCUGAAGUGGAGACUGUCAUAGGCCUUUGCAAUCAGUUGGAUCAGACCCCCCCGUUGAAAGAAUCGCCUCAAGUCGAAUUCGGAAUCCCCCUGACCGCCAAGAUAGCAACUACGUGGCCCAUUGCUAACCGGCUUCCCGGUCUUGAUCUACUUCGUCUACUCGCUGCUGCAACGCCUGCGGCAGCCUCAACAGACUACGGUGGUUCCGACCUGAUUUCAGCACUUAUCUCUAGCGGCGUGUUCAAGCCUCCCCUCAACGUCAAUAAUGCAAUGCUAGCAAUUCGGACUUUUGCAAAUUUAUUCGAAACCGAUGCUGGCCGGGCACUAGCAAUUAGCAAAUUUAGCGACAUCAUGACGCAAGUUGGGUCUUUGGCGAAUGCUGGGGGGACACCAAAUCGCAAUUUAACCAUCGCCAUUGCGACCCUAUACAUUAACUUUUCCGUCUUCGUUACAAGUGACGGGAGAGCUUCGAGUCCGGAAUCUGCAGAGAAGGCUCUUUUACUCCUCGAUGAAUUAGGCAAACUUCUAAUAAAGGAAAAAGACUCUGAAGCUAUAUAUCGCGUCCUUGUUGCGUUGGGUACUCUGGUUACAGCACUCGGGGAAGAAGUGAAGACUGCCGCGAAAGAAAUAUAUGAUAUCAACAAGGCACUAUCUAAAGUUAUCAGUGGUGGAUUUGGGAGGGAACCGAGGGUCAAAAGCGUUGUUAAUGAAAUCAGAAGUGCACUCGAGUAA